UUGUUUACGUUUAACUUUUUUUUAAUUUUUACUCUUUCGUUUUUCCGUUUACCAACGUAUAUAUUUAUUUUUGUUUUUCGACGGUUCGAGUUAUGUUGCGAUACCAGUACACCGUAAUUCACUCUGUGACGGUUCACAAGCUUCAAUGAAUGUGGCGGACCCGCCGUGUCUUGUCUGUACGAAAGUGACCGAAAUACUUAUGUUUUAGUCUACGUAAUUCGCCGGCCCGGUAUAAUGGACUUGGUAUACUCAAUAUUUCGAAAACAAGCUUGGAAAACCCAAUUCCAAAAUGAACAGAUGGAGGAAGAUAUGUGUUUCAAAUGUCUGGCCAAGAUCUCUGCCAAUAAUAUCGUUGCCUGGGUAACCACAUUCGAUCUAGACGACCAUGUUAACAUAAACUGGGGUUCACACGUUUACAUAGCCGAUCUCAACGUGCCGUGGAAGUACCAUAAAAUCACGUCAAAUAAUUGUACUGUCACGACUCUAGAAUGGGAUAUGUAUGGAUAUUCACUGUUAAUUGGGGAUAAAAAUGGAGCUGUAUCAAUAUGGACUUGCAGUACUGAUCACAACCUUACCAACUGGGUACAGGUUGGUUCCAAAGAUUUUCGAGGCGAACCUAUUAUAGCCGGCACGUUUUUCCAUUUGGGGAAAAAAUUAAUGCUUGUUAAUGAAAAAGCAGAUAAUAUUAACUAUUUUGAAAAAUUUAACUAUGUCAGGUUUACACCAUCUUUAAGAACAUGGGGUGGCACAGGAUUGCCAGGAUGUUUAGUUGUGUCUGCCACAGGUAUGAUUGCUGCUCUGUUAACCAAUGACAGUGGGGAGCCCAUGAUUUCAGCUACAAACAGUUUGGCUGUUGCUAGGUAUCGUAUAUCUGUUGUUGACAUCAGUUAUCGACAAAAUGGAAAUUUUUUGAUUGUCACAUCUGAUGGACGGCCACGAUCACCAAUACAUUGUUAUGAAGUCUCAAUUAAGCUUGUUAAUGAAAAAAGUUGUACUAUAGUAUCACAGUGGCUGCCUAGCUUUUUCUUAACAUUUAAUGAAACAGUCGAUAGAGUUAUUUCGCAUGUGAAAUUUUUACUGCGAGAAGGCUCAGAAUCCCUUGUAAUUGGAAGUAAUAGCAGUAAUGGAUGUAUUAUAGAAACAUGGGAAUUAGUUAAAAAAACUAAUCCAAUUAAUAAAGUAUUUAAAAAAGUCAUUACUGAAGACCAUCCAACAGUGUGUUGGAUUAAAAAAAGCUCAUUUACUGUUGGAGCUCAAUUAACAGCAUUGGCUACACCCAAAAUGUCUAUAUCCUACAAUCAAUCUUCUUGCAGUCAAUAUGUAGUGGCUGCAUUUAGCAAUCAUCAAGUAUGCUGUUUAUCCAGAGAACUAACUCAACAAUGUUUAUUUGAAUUGAGCAGCUAUUGCGAAGAUAACAUUGGAAAAAUAGGCUUACAGCAUAGUAGCAAUAUUCAAUUUUCAGACUUGGAUAUUUCUUACUUAGGAAAUGUGUUUGUUGUUUGCGAUAACAUGGGUAAUUUAUAUUUAUUUCAACUACUUUCUGUGGCAGAACUGAAUGGGCCACUAACUGUCGCCUAUGCCACAUUACAACUUGAAUAUUGCUUGGUGACUGGCCUGGAUUGGUGGGAUUUGGCCAUAUCGUUAAGACCUAACAUGUUAGAGGCCGUGUGCAAUCGCUUUAGUGAAAACUUCCAAAAACAAUCUCAGGUACUUCAACAAAAAGAAUAUACUACCUAUUUGAGUAUUCGUUCUUUUCUUUACAAAAUGAUGCCAGGAGCACAAGGAAAGCGUUCUGACCUUAUGCAUUUAAUGACGCUUCAUUCCAUAUGUAAUGCAUUCAAAAAUGUUUUACGUGUCAGUGACAUCAUGGUUGAUCGGGAUCCAGCCGAGAAUAUAUCAAAUGCACUUAAAGAACCUAUUGUGGACAUAGACAAAAUUUUACCAAGUUUGGGUGGUAAGGAUUUUACUGUAGAACCUAGCACUCUUCAAUCACUCCAUCAACUCAUUCAAUGGGUAGCACAGCUUGCUUUAAAUGUAGUUUCCAGAAUACCAGAGCCACGGGACAAUGUUGGAUAUAACUUGUUAAAUGAUUUGUAUGCUAUAAAUUCAAUAAGAGAGCUAUUACUAAUGAUUCGUAUAUGGGGUCUGUUAAGGCCUAACUGUUUACCUGUCUUUAUUAAAAAUAUCGACAAUUUAGACGUUUUGUCAGUUACAUUCCGUUUACUUUCCCGAUUUGUUCAACUAGGUGGUGAACAUGAUGAAAUGUUGUUUGAUGAAUGCUACACACUUCAAAGCCAGGUCAAUAUAACUCCACUUUCAUCAGUCGCAGCAGGAAUUCAUGAAGUUGCAUCUCCUGCUCUUUACUACCAACAUUUACCAUUGAAGUUGGUGUUUGGACAAGAACCAGAUUGUUUGAGAUAUAAUACAUCUUCCAUAGAUACAAUAACAAAUGGGAAACAACAUUCAGACUACAUGAAAGAUUAUGAUGUCAUUAGGAAUGUAUACAUUGGUAAAUGUCCACUAACUGUGAAGCAGUGUAAUAGAUGUGAAGGUAAAAUGCAGUUGGUAGGAAAUUCGAGAACAGCAGCAAUUAGAGUGUGGGAAAAUAGAUGGGCAAGAAAUUGCAGAUGUGGUGGUAGGUGGAGGACAGUCAAGGUAGGUGGGCAGUAGCCAGUAGGUUUAAUAAUAGACUAUUACAUUAUUAAUAAAACCUAAAGUUCAGUAUAUUUAACAAUAAACUUCAAUUUUAAACUAUCUUAGGCGAUUGUGACUCUAUCGUAAUAUGUUUAUAGUUUGAUGUUGACUAACUCAAACUGUUAAAUGACUUAUUCAAUAAUCAUUAUUUAUCUGGUUUGUGUCCACAAAAAAUCAUUUAAUUAUAAUAGUUUAAAUGAUUAUCAGUUGAUGAUAGGUAAAUCUGUUUUAUAUAAAAUUUAUUAUUUAAUUAUAUUUUGUUAAAUUUUCUAUUAUACCGUGUAUUUGAUAAUAAGUAAUAAGUCAAAUUGUAUUCUUAUACCAAACAGAUAAUAUCGCCAAGUUCAAGAAGUUUUGUUUUAUACAAACCAUUAGUAUAAAAUAAUCUUCCAGAUUAUAUUUUGAUCUCUGAAAUGUUAGUUAAAUAUAAUUAAUUUUAGAAUAGUUCAAUGAUGUAUGUACUAUUAUAAUUUCUUAUGAUGAUUAAUUUAUCGUUCAUACAAAAAUAUAUGAUAACUUGAUGUAACAAAUAAAAGUUUCUUAUGUUUAAUAUUGUUAUCUUGAUCACACUUACACGGUUAAGUAUAUUCUAAUUUAUAAACAAAUCAAUAGUACUGUACAUAGCCGCUGGAAAAUAAUUAAUUAUGCUAAAUUGUAUGUACACAUUUAUAUGUUCAACUGUCUUUUUUUUUCUGUUAUGUAU